AUGGACACCCGCAAGAUACAUGAUAUGGCUAUAUUCCCAACGACUGUGCUGAUGAAAGUCUACAACAUUCCGAAAGACGAUGACAAGAAGAAAUCCAAGCUGAAUCCAAGAUACCCUAUCUCGGAGUACCUAUUCUACGGACCAAUUCGCAAUUCCCCGAACGAUCCAUGUUAUCGAGCCGUGCAUUGGGACUCGCUGUAUAAUGCCGAUACAUGUGGCUCCCUUGAGUCAUUCUGGAGCCGGGACAUUCGCGAUACACAGCUUCAUUUUCGAAUCGAAAGGGAACGCCUACGACGCGAAAGUCAACAAUCGGACUUCGCCUCUAUCUUCCCAACGAUUGUUCUAAUAAGCGCACUAUUCGGGAGGGAGUUCCAAGUCACGAUGAUAAUCGCCUUUCUUAGCCUGCUGUGCGGUCCUUUGACUCCGUCGGCGGAUGAGCUCGGGCUAAAAUUCAGUUAUCUGCAACUACCUCGGCCAUUCGAUCCAGACAGUAUAAUCGAUUUCAACUUCUCCACCAAUGUCGACCCAACUCUGUCAGAGGUCGCUCGGUUCUGCGAAGGACUAAGAACAGUCCUAGAAGGCAGUCUUCGCAGGGAGAGGGAACUCGCCGAAACCUUUGGCAGGCUCUCGAUAACAGGAUAA